AUGGUGCUCGCACUAGCCCUCAAAGCCGAGCUGAACGGCGUGACCGACCUGCGUCCCCUCGACACCGAGGAUUCGCCCUUUUACUACACAUUCAAGGUGCAAUGCACAUCCUGUCGCGAAACACACCCCAACUGGGUGUCUGUGAGCCGCUUCGAGCAGAAUGAAAUCAGUGGUAGCAAGGGUGAGGCCAACUUUGUGUGGAAGUGCAAGAAUUGUAAGGUCUUUCUCACUGUCCUCCUCGGCGUUAACAUGAUGCUAAUGUCUCUACAGCGUGAACACUCAGCGAACAUCAAGGCCGCGCCGGCUGCAUACGAACGAAAUGACCCACCGAAGACGAAGAACAUCCUCGAGUUCGAUUGCAGAGGGCUUGAGUUUGUCGAGUUCAAGGCUGAUGAGUCAGGCACAAAGUUUGAAAACAUUGAGCUCCACGAGGGCGAGUGGUUCGACUACGACGAGAAGGCGAGCGAGGAGGUCAGCAUCACAAACUUGGUGUGGGAAGUACGACGCGCAUAG